UGAGGAGCGAAGCGGCUAGACAGCACCGUUAUACUCAGCUGUCCAUUCUGCUGUACGUCAAAGGAUUACUUUGUCAAAUCGUGUCGUGAAUCGACGAAAGUUAUUGAUAUAACGAUUUCAAUGAGUUUGGUGAUGGUGCCUUAACUCCACGUCGUCUGUGCGGCCAGCUGUCCUGUGAGAGUUGGAUCUCUGGCACAAAGACAGAGAAACACAGCAGACCUGCCAUGGCCAGUGCAGCAGAUGGUAUUGGGAGCUUAGGAACGGAGCAGGGCCACCUGAAUGUGCCAGUGGCUGACCACAGUGCCUGGGCCACCGCCAUGAAUAAUCUGGGUAUCGUUCCCAUGGGGUUAACCGGACAGCAGUUGGUGUCAGAUUCCAUCUGCAUUCAAGGCUUUGACCCCAACCUGGGGAUUAUCACCCCCAUCAACCCCAUGAUGGCAGGCAUCAGUUUAGUGCCUCCCCCACCUGUACCCCCUGAACUUCCUGUGAUCAAAGAGAUCAUCCACUGCAAGAGCUGCACACUGUUUCCUCAGAACCCUAACUUGCCCCCUCCUUCGACCAGAGAGAGGCCACCAGGCUGUAAGACCGUCUUCGUUGGUGGGCUUCCAGAAAACGCAAGCGAGGAGAUAAUCCGCGAGGUGUUUGACCAGUGCGGGGAAAUUGUCGCCAUACGAAAGAGCAAGAAAAACUUCUGCCAUAUCCGCUUCAGUGAAGAGUUCAUGGUGGACAAAGCCAUUUAUCUGUCUGGCUACCGAAUGCGCAUUGGCUCCAGCACAGACAAAAAAGACUCAGGUCGCAUACACGUGGACUUUGCUCAAGCGCGGGACGACUUGUACGAGUGGGAGUGCAAGCAAAGGUUACUGGCGAGAGAGGAACGGCAUAGGCGUAAAGUCCAGGAGGAUCGCCUGAGACCUCCCUCACCUCCUCCCAUAAUGCACUACUCUGAGCAUGAGGCAAGCCUAUUGGCUGAGAGACUGAAGGACGACGGUAAAUUCAGCGAGGCGACAGCGGUGCUCUUCACGUGGAUCGACAGGGGGGAGGUGAACCGUCGCACUGCCAAUCACUUUUACUCCAUGAUCCAGUCGGCCAAUAGCCACGUCCGCCGCCUGAUGAGCGAGAAGGCUCAGCACGAAGAGGAGAUGGAGCUGGCCAAGGAACACUUCAAAAACUCCCUUCUCGCCAUCCUCACACAAUUUGAGCAGAUUACGGCCGUAUUCACCGCUGCCACCAGACAAAAGGCCUGGGACCAUUUCUCAAAAGCGCAGCGCAAGAACAUAGACAUUUGGCGAAAGCAGUGUGAGGAGCUGCGGAACGCCCACAGUGAGGAGAUCAUGGGGAUACGGAGGGAGGAGGAGAUGGAGAUGUCAGAUGAUGACCUGGAGGAAAGCCCCUGUAAGAAGGUCUGCACAGAGGACUCGGUUUUGGCAGCGCAGUCCUGUGCUCUGCGGGAGGAAAAUGACAGUCUGCGGUGGCAGUUGGACGCUUACAGGAACGAGGUGGAGCUGCUGAAAAAGGAGCAGGGCAAGGCCUACCGCACAGAGGAGGACCACACCCAAGAACAACAGCUCCAUUUCCUCCAGCAGACCAUGCACAGCAUGCAGCAGCAACUGCUGAGUCUCCAGGAGGAGCUGAAAAGUAAAGAACUGGAGCUUGAACAGGCCAGAGAAGAGCAACGUUACCUUGAAGGAGAGGUCCUCGCACUGAGAGACAAGUUUUUGAACAACAUGGACUCUGUGGAUGGGAGCAAUCACAACGCUGAAGGUCACGAAAAGAGCAUGAACGGCACUGCAGCACUCCAUCACCAUCGUGAGAAGAACAGUGAGGGCGUGGCACGGGGUCCUCUGAGAACAGAGAAAGAAGCUCUACUCCUAGGAAUCAUAUCAACAUUUCUUCACGUCCACCCUUUUGGAGCCAACAUUGAGUACUUGUGGUCUUAUAUCCAAAGGCUUGACACAAAGAUCUCGGCCGGCGAGCUGGAGAGGCUGAUGGUUCGUUUGCCCAACAUGUUUAAGCAGGAGUUCAGCGGAGUAGGUGCCACACUGGAGAAACGUUGGAAGUUCUGUGGUUUUGAGGGUCUCAGCUCAGCAUGACCAACAAAAACACCUCAAUGACAGAUCCAUAGACAUGCUGAAUGACAGUUGUGAAGACUGUGGUACAACCCAACCCAAAAGACAAGUAGUUUCAUGACACGCUGUAUUCGGGUGCGGCUCAAGCGCCUGCUUCCUUUCACAGUCACUGACGAUGGCAAAGGCGGCUGCCAGACACAACACGACGGAGAGAAAUCAGGACAGAUAUAUUUACUUGAAACAUCUCUCCAGAUUUCUGGGCCUGUUGCGUAAGUCUUCAGUCAAUGAAGGGAGUCUCCAAAGACUGGGGUGAUAUCCAAGAAUCCAACACUGUUCAAUUAUAAAUGUGGAAUAUGGAAUAUGGAGUCUUGCAUCUAUUAACGGAUGUGUGGUCGUGGCCCUUCAGCACCUAUCAAAUCCAAUGUGUUUGGAGAUGUUCAUUGUACUGGAACUUGACUUCACAUAUGAACGGUUCUUUACGUAUGGCCAGUGAGCUGCAACUGAUACUGUCUAAACUCAGAGAACCUUUCCCUGCUAUUGAGAACAUUUUGUUCCAGCCUUUCAUGUUGUGUCAAACUUGUAUGUAAUGUUCUCUUUGUGAUUUGAUGCUCCAGUGUUAU